GUGGGCAACAUGGCGCCCGGCGAGUGAUCGGCCCGGAUUUGUCCAGCGCUCGCUGCGGCACCGGGGAGAGGGGUUCUACCCCCGACUGCCGCCCUUCUUUCUCUCCCCGCCCCCAGAGCUCUCUCCUUCCCUUCCUCCCUCUACCUUGGCGGGCGGGGGGAGGCAGACUUGGUUCCCGGCUCACCAUGUCGGACUCUGAGGAGGAGAGCCAGGACAGGCAACUGAAAAUCGUCGUGCUGGGGGACGGCACCUCCGGGAAGACCUCCUUAGCUACCUGUUUUGCUCAAGAAACUUUUGGGAAACAGUACAAACAAACUGUAGGACUGGACUUCUUUUUGAGAAGGAUAACAUUGCCAGGGAACUUGAAUGUUACUCUUCAAGUUUGGGAUAUAGGAGGGCAGACAAUAGGAGGCAAAAUGUUGGAUAACUAUAUCUAUGGAGCACAGGGAAUCCUCUUGGUGUACGAUAUUACGAAUUAUCAGAGCUUCGAGAAUUUAGAAGACUGGUAUACUGUGGUGAAGAGAGUGAGCGAGGAGUCAGAAACUCAGCCACUCAUUGCUUUGGUGGGCAAUAAAGAAUCUUACCAAGAUACGAAUAGCACCGUCACAGAUGAGCCCCAGCCUUCCAGACUGCUCUCCACAUCUUGCCGCGGCCGUCACCGUGGCCACGAUGCUGAAACGGAAGAGGCAGAGUCAGCAGCAGCUGCCGCCACCUCUGCAGCGCCCACCGCCCGAGGGGGGAGAGACGGGAGCUGUGACAGGGGAGGGCUUGUGUUUUUUCUUUGUCCUUCAUUUUCUUGCUGACUUUUCUUGAGGGUCAGCAGGUCUGUGGCCUCACGUUGAUGUUUUUGGUUCUUUAAGAUACAUAGACUCUUGCUUAUUUCUAUUUAAAUAUGAAGAUAGAAUUGAAUAGUGUUAGUAGCUGAUCUCAGUUUUUAAAUUUAGGGUGAAGGUCAUUAUUGGAUUUUUUAGCAGUUCUUACCUUGAAUGUGUGGAAAAACUUCAGGACUUGGCAAUAUGUUUCACCCUGACCAUAGUGUACUAAUGGCAUAUUGACAGCCAGACUUCUAAUAUGGGUAUAUAGACAGGCAGUAGCUGAGAUCCUUUGUCCAUUGUGGAAGUUGGGAAGGGUUACUUUGGGUUGAUAGAGAGGAUCUGACCACUACAUACUGCUGUCCUUCCUUUAUUUUUAUCUUUGUGACAGUCUGAGGUUAUGUGGAGACACUGACCUGUUUCAAGUGUGGCAUUGUGCUAGGUCAACUUGGCUAAACUGGAAAUGAUGUUUCCUAAAAUGUCCUUCCCUAUAUUGUUCUGGUUAGCAGUGGUAACAAGAGACGUUUUGAUUAGACUUUAAGGAGGAAGUAAAGUGGCAGGCGAUGCCUUUCACUCUCGGAGGGUCAGUGCUGGGAGUAUCAGGCACUGUGACAGCUCUCCCAUCGUACCAGCUCAUCACUGAUUUGCCAGCUCACCUUGUACGUUUGGAUAGCACAUGGUCCGGCAGUUCCUUCAGCUCCUGCCAGAUUUCCCUUUUCACCUCGGAAUGCUUGCCAUGCACUCACAGCUCCCUAGAGAGGGGUGCAAGCUUCUCCAAUAGGUCACCCUUUGCAUUAGGGUUGGAGAUGGUGAGAGACAGAUGUGAGUUCCAGUUUGUCACUGGCAGUUCCUGUUGUCCUGACAGAUUAAAGUUUGUUCUUGUGUUUCCACUUUCUGUACCUGUUGCAUCUCAUCUUCACAGGUUCCACUUUGUCCUUGCUCUCCUAUCCAGUUCCCCUUUUGACUGCUGGUCUGGCUGUCCUGGAGUCACUGCAGGUGCAGAGGCAAGAGCCUACACCUGCCCUUCUAACUGUUCUCACAGUUACGUAAGGUCUAACCCUUAUAAUAAACCCUUCUGCCUCAUUAUCCACCCUGGUUGUUCUUGAUCAAACCAUAACUGAUCCACUCUAUCCCAGAGUUCACACUCGAAACCUUUAAUAUUAGAUCUGUACUUAGACAGUUGUUCCUAUUAGCUCACUUUAAAUUUGGUGUUUGUCUUCUACUGUUGGCACUUUUUCCUUACUUUUUUAGUGCUGCUAUGUAUUCUCAUUUUUAUUACUUCAUCUGGCAUGUCAGUGAUAUUUUGAGUCUUAAAUAAUGGUUUGUUUUAAAAACAUUUAUUGUGCUUAGCCCUGGCUGGUGUGGCU